UAAAAAUCUUAGGCACACCCCUCGCUAAUAUCAGAAUUAAUAUGAAUUUGGCACACGGGGAUAACGUCCCCUUUCUCCUGAGUAUCCGCAUCAAGGAAGGCAUAGUGGCCCGGAACUCGAUACUUAACACUCUCUACGGUAAAGAAGACCGAACUAUUCCAUAUUUCCCAUUUGUCGUAGGAAUACCAUUCAAUCUGACAAUCCUCGUCACGGAUUCUGCAUUUGAGUUGUACGUGGAUGAAACAAACUUUGUUUCACGUGCAAGUAGCUAUAACAUCGCACUUAUAAACGAACUCAAUAUCUGGAAAGGUUGCCUUCUUCAUUCAGUUAAAUUCAUCUAUUAAUAUUUUCCUUCAACGUUCACAUUUUCGGAUUAGCUACUACUACUACGACAGCUGCUGCUUCUGUGCUACUGUGCAACUGCAUCUGCUAUAUCUACGUCAACAUCUAUUUCUCGUGCAAAUAGCUAUUACAUCGCAUUGAUAAACGAACUCGACAUCUGGAAAGGUUGCCUUCUUCAUUCAUUGAAAUUCGUGUAUUAAUAUUUCGCUUCAAAGUUCACAUUUGGUUAAGC